AUGAGGCGUUCAGGGGCCCCCAGUCAGCUCCUGAGUAAUCCAGGUAAAAAGCCCAGAUUUGUGUCUCCUGCAGCAUCAGGAUCAAACUUCUCCCCACCGUGUCCCAAACCAUUCAGUACAACACAAAGUUUCAACGUACUUGAUAAGAUCCAAAGAAGUCUGAGCCCGGUUGGUGCUUGUAAAGCCCCAGAUGCCCUCACUGAAGAUGUCCAGGUCGUUACGCCUUUGUCUCGUGCUCUGGCUCGCGUCUUAAGUGCAACAGAGAGCAAGGAAAACACUGAAAUGGAGGAUUCUGAUACAUCUGAGCUCAAUGAAGGCCCUGAAGGGAAAGAGAAGAAAAAUUACAGAUGUGUGGGAGUUAGUCCUAGAUUUAAGAUGGACCAGGAGAAGGCAGCAGCAGAGCACCCAGGAGGGAAGGCUCUGGGGACUGCCAGCUUCAGUCUUGACCAGGAGAGGGCUGCAGCAGUGGCAGAGAACAUGGGAGGCAAGAGUCUGAACAGUUUAGUAGUAGGCCAGGAGAGAGUGAGAGUUGACCACUCUGAUGGGAGCAGCAUGAGCAGCAUUGGCUUUGUGGACCACGAGAGACUAGGGCAAGACCAUGCGGAUGGGAACGGCACUGCGGAAUUUGGACUACUGAAAGGUGAAAACUUUAGGCCGGACUUAGUUUGUGUUAGUCCGCUCUAUAAAAAGAUGAUGAACAACAAGAUGACAACAAGCAUGAUUGGCUCCAACUCCAUGUUCCUGUCCAGUAUGGUCGGAAAGGCUCGCUCUUCAAACUUCACUCUUUCGGAGAAACUGGACUUGUUGCACCUGGUGCGCCCUCAUAUCCGCAUCUUGGAGGAACACACCAACAAACAUGCGGUGAUCGUGGACAAGAAUAAGUGUUGGGAAACUGUGGCCGAACAGUACAACACUUUAGGAGGAGACCGACCCCAUCGCACCGCUCAGGGCCUCAGGACUCUCUACAAGAGGCUGAAGGAGUCCGCGAAGCAGGAAGUGAUGCUGAGGAGACACGCCCAGCCCGAGUACAGAUCCAACAUCUCUGAGCCCACGAGGAGAAUCAUGGAGAUGAUCCCUCACCUGUUCAACCACAUGCCAUUCAUUGACAAGAACCUGUAUAGCAGAUUAAUGAUAAACAAACAUGGCGUUCCCAUUGAACAUCCUGGGAGCAGUUCUUCUACGGCAGGAGUCCAGGAUCUCUCCGAUGUCCUGAAUGUGUCCCAAGAGCCGGUCCAGUCUGAGUCUGACAGUGAAGCCCUGCCCGCCUCGGAGGACCCUGCCCCAGCCCUGCACCCUGGGCUGGGGCAGGAGGGGGCUGAGGAGGAGGAGGCAGAACAGGAGCUGAGCAGUAACCAGGACUAUGACGCCUCGCUGUCCCCUGACUCUGUGAACAUGCCCAUGCCCGUCUCUCCGGUGGGACUCCGACAGGACCAUUACCCCAACAACAUUUACCCCCAACACGAGGUGGAGCGGGUUCAGGCUCUGCAAAUGUCUUGGGAAGAACAGGAGCUGGUGCUGGCUAAUCACAGAAAGGUUUCGCUUUACUUGCAAGAGAAGAGAGAAGCUCUCAAGAGGAAACAAGAACUGGAAGAGGAACUCAUUCGAGCCAAAAUCACAGUAGAGAUGCUCCGAGCAGAGCGGCUGAGGCAAGGACUGUCACUGCCUCAAUAA